AGCUUUCCAGAGGGUCAGGAUAUUUCAGGGUGAUUGUGACAUGAGCCUGAACAAGUGAAAUGACAAAUUCUGUAGCACUGAGAGAUGUCCCAAGCUCCAGGGAGGCAGAGCUGACCUAUGGCUACCUCUAGUUAUAGAAACUCAGAUACUUACGUGGUGGCACGCCAUUGGUUGAUGGGUCUGUAGUUUCUCUUUCGCAGUUCCAGUCCUCAACACCUUAACUUUCCUUUCUCUGCUGGCUCACCAGAGAUCAGACAUAGUGCCGGAACCCUCAGGGCAUUUACUCUGGCCUCCAUUGGCUCCUCUCCACAGAUUCAGGAACUCAUGAUCGGUGUCUGAAGGUGUGAGACCAAAUCUAGAGGGAAGAAUUUGGAGGAACUUUAAAGAAAACACUCUUUGUUCUGUUACACAGGUACCUGAGCAGAAGUGUCAGGAGUACGAACAGACAGACUCAGCAUCACAGCAACAAUGACCUCAUCAGUCCUGGGGAUGAUCAAGGAGGAGGUGACCUGUCCUAUCUGUCUGGACCUCAUGGUGGAGCCUGUGAGUGCAGACUGUGGUCACAGCUUCUGCAGAGCCUGCAUCACACUGAACUAUGAGUCCAGCAAAAUCAAAAAAGGGGAGGGCAUCUGCCCUGUGUGCCAAGUUACUUACCUGUUUGGGAAUCUGAGGCCUAAUUGGCAUGUGGCCAACAUAGUGGAGAGGCUAACAGGGCUCAAGACAAGCUCAGGGGAGGAGCAAAAGGUGAACGUCUGUGAACAACAUGGAGAGAAGCUCCAGCUCUUCUGUGAGAAGGACAUGGUGGCCAUCUGCUGGCUUUGUGAGAGAUCUCAGGAGCACCGUGGUCACCAAACAGCUCUCAUUGAAGAGGUGGCCAGUAAGUACAAGGUGAUGCUCCAGUCUGCCCUGGAGAUGCAGAUGGCUAAUGAGGAAAGAUGUGACCACUGGGAAGAUGACCUUCAAAAGGAGAGAACUUUCUGGGAGAACCAAAUACAGAGUGAGGUAGGAAACGUUCAGAAAGAGUUUAAAGGACUGAGGGAAUUCCUGGACUCCAAGGAGACGUAUGAGGUGGAGAAGCUGGUGCAAGAGAAGGAAGACACUAUGAACAGCCUGGCAGUGUCUCAAAAUGAGCUGGUGAAGCAGAGGGAGUCAGUGAGAGAUCUCAUCUCAGAUCUGGAGCAGCGGUUGCAGUGUUCAACCAUAGAGAUGCUACAGGGUGUGAAUCAUGUCCUAACAAGGAGUCAGAACUUAAGACUGAAACAGCCCAAAAUGGUCCCGAGUAAACAGAGAAAGAUCUUCCGAGCUCCGGAUCUGAAGGGCAUGCUGCAAGUGUUUCAAGGGCUCCUGGAUGCCCAGCGCCACUGGGUUCACGUGACCCUGCGUCAACCCAACAAUAAAAACAUUGUCAUUAACAUGGACAAGAGACAAAUACAACAUAGAAGUGAUUAUAGAAGAACUUGGCAAGUUUUUGAGUCCUAUGAUUUAGGUGUCCUGGGGUUUCCAGCUCUGCGCUCAGGGAAACAUUACUGGGAAGUAGAUGUGUCUAGAUGUGAUGCCUGGCUCCUGGGAAUAAAUGACGGAAGAUGUGCUCAACCCCAGCUUAGUACAGUGAAUGAAAAGGGCUUCAGAGUCAAAUAUAAUUCUGAUGUUAACCAAGAUGUAAAUUGUCAGCCUGAAUAUACCUUUGGUUAUGAAUACAAAUAUGACUUAGGUUAUACACCAUAUCCAUUUCUUUCUGUAUUGAACUAUGAACAUAAUUCUGGUGUUACACAAGUAAAUUAUCCGCAGGAAGAUGUGACUGACCUUACAUACACACAUGAUUUUGGGGCCAGACAAUGUGUGAAUUAUCAACCUAGACAUGAAGUUAAAGAUGAUUCUGAUGUUAACCAACAUGUAAAUUAUCAGCCCAAAUGUGGCUACUGGGUUAUAGGGAUGACAGACAGGUCUGUAUAUAAUGCCUUUGAAGAGUGUUCUGUCACCCACAAUGCCAGUGUCUUGCUCCUCUCUCUGACUCAUCCUCCCACUCGUGUUGGAGUUUUCCUGGACCGAGAAGCUUGCACUCUCUCAUUUUAUGAUGCUUCCAACCAUGGAGCUCUCAUCUAUAGAUUCUAUGAACCGAACUUCCCUAAUGCAGUUUAUCCAUAUUUUAAUCCUAUGAUGUGUUCAAAGCCAUUGACAGUCUGUGGGCCACCUUCCUAAGCCCUCACCCAUGUCUGCACAGCGCCCCUGUGUCUGAUGUAUCCCAUAUGUCUAAAUACUGUGGGAUCAUCUUAACUUUUUCUACUUUUGUCUUCCCAUGUCAGUGACUUUCACUUCUAAAUACAAACCAGUAUUGGAUCUUUUCUUUGAUCCAGCUGCUUGUCUGUUUACGAGGUUAUAGUAAUUUAUCUCUUCCCAGAUUCCCACACACAAUGUCUCUUACUCACAAGGUAAGGUAAGACCUCUGCUAACCCUCACUUACUGUUUUGUGGUGCCACAGAUGGCAGCCAGGGCCUUGUGCAUGCUGAGGAGGUGCUCUGCCCCUGAGCCACUUGUCUCAGCUCUGCCAAGUCUCCACAACCCCAUUCCUCUGUCGCUGACAGAAGAUGACAGAAAGUUCUUCUCCAGCUUGUCUAUUACUUUUGAAAAUAUAUGUCGGAGUGUCUAGCCUAGGAAUGAGCCCUUAGUGGUACAUCAGUUUAACCUCAAUGCUGUGCUUCACCAAAACCUAAGAAGGAAAUAUCUCCAACAGCGCCCACUAAGACUUUGUGUGUUCUGAGUACCUUCCUCUGCUCCAUUUCUGCCACUCCCCAUAGCAGUGUAGCCCUGAAUGACAUCCUCAAAGGCCUAUACCUAUGUCAUUUUAUUUUUGCAUUUUUUAUAUGAAUCGUGUUCCUAUACUCUAGGUUGGUGUAAAAAAAUAAAUGUGGGGUCUGUUCUAAGUCCCCGGGGAUAAAAGCAAGCCUGCAGACAGGGCUUAGUCACUCAAACCCACCUGUAAAGGGGCAGCCAACUCCUACAGAUUAACCCCUGCCUCCCACACAUGUGGUAGUAUACACAAAUGCAAAAUGUAUUAUGUAAGUAUUAAAAUGGAAAUAAAUUCACUGAGAACAAAAUAUCUACUUUGCAGUCACUAAAUGGUUGUAGGUUAGUUUGGGGGCAAAGAUGCUGUACUGGGUUUAGAUGCUGCAAUGGGCAACUGGAUAGGGCUGAGGGGGGCUAAUAUUUGACUUUCCUAAUAUUUGACUUUGCUAAUUAGGUCCUGGAAAGUGUCAUCAAGUCUACUCCAGUAUGUUGUAGGUAUAUAUUAGUAUUUGGCUUUUGAGAAACUUCAGAAGCAAACAUGUGAGUUCAGUGUGACUGUAGCUCAAAAUCUCUGAGAGAUUUAUCAUAUGAAUAGGACCUUCAACCUGACUUGGGCUGGAAAACCUGGAUCCACUUCAUAGGGACAAAAGGUCACAUCAUUUUAAAAAGCCAGCAAUUCUUUUUUUUCCCUGCCCGAAAGCUAGCAACAACACGUGUUAUUUUGCUAGCAGUCUGUCAACUGAUAAACUAAAGGACCUGCCACCUCUGCUACUGCAACAUUCCUGUUCCCUCCCUGCACUUCCCCCUAGGCAGGCACUCUUUGGUAUUUGAACUGAUAAGCCCUUCUUGCCCUCAUUCCAACCUGUGUAUGCAAAGUAAUGCUUUUUGCGUAGCCCGUUGUCUUCAUGCUAUAUACAAACCAGCCUGCUGCCCCAACAAACAACUGCCCCAAUGCAGACUUCCUAGGCUUCUAAUACCCUUGUCUCUGUUCUUCCCUGGAUCCUAGACCACCGGUGCUCCCUGAAGUCUUGGGCCUGGGGGAGAAGAUACCAACACUUUUUCAGAUCCUUAGUGUUAUUGUACUAUUUAGAUCCUAUCAAGUUUGUAAAUCCUAUGGUUUCCAGUUUACAGUGAAGGUGGUAACAGUGAUGCCAAUGAACUUUACCUUGUGCUGUGUUGUGAAACAUAGACAAUAGAAUGUUUCUAGGAACUUACCUCAUGUAAAUUGUAUCCAAUAUGAUGUCUGUCUCUUUGCUGUGACUGUAAUAAAGAAUU